GGAGGAGGAGGAAGGGGGGGGGGGGCUUUGUGCGCCACACACAUGAACGGACAUUCGAGCUCCAACAAGGGAACUGUCCUGUCCCAACUCUGCUUCUCCUGCCUGGGAAACUAAGCUGACUUUGCAAGGAAGCUUCUCUUCCAGCUUUGCUGCUGUCCUGUGUCUACGGAAAGCCCAGUGGAAUAUUACCUAAACUUCGCCAUUGCUCGGACCGUAAAGAAAGGCUGAUCCAACGGUAAGAUGAAACCUGAGCUAGAGGACCAGAAUGGCUGCACACAUUAAACACCUGGAAUUAUACUUUCUUUGACAACAUCUUAUACAAUUGCCAAGUAAUUCUGGAAGGAACUCUCCUGAACUCCUACAGAACCAAGUUUUAUUUCUCUCAGUGGAUUAUAAGUAACAGACUGCCAUCAUGCCUAUUCUCAAGCAGCUGGUGAACAACUCCAACCAGUCAAAGCGGCGCUCUCGGGCUGACCUGACUGCAGAGAUGAUCAGCGCUCCAUUGGGGGACUUCCGCCACACAAUGCACGUUGGCAGGGGAGGGGAUGCCUUUGGGGACACUUCAUUUCUUAGCACUCGAUCAGGGGAACCGCCCAGGGAGCCGGAGACAAAGCAGAGCUCCCCGGGCCCCAAACCAGGGCUGUUGUCCCGCACCUUCAGAAACAGCAAGCGCUCUCAGUCAGUAAACCGGGGGGACAAGUAUGACUACAAUAUGAUGGCGCCUUCUGGUGGCUCAUCCACUUAUGUGAAAAACGCCAUAUCCCUGCCUUACCUAAACGAUGAGGACAUUAACAGAGGCAAACAACUGCCGAAGAGCGCAUCCUCAAGCCCGAUGAAGAGGCUGUCGGAGAUCGAAAGCAAGCCGGUAAAUGGAGCGGCAGCGAUGGCGACAAUGGAUGCAGAGUUCGAAGAGCGUAAUUUCGGAGAACUUACAGAUUUGCCUCCAUCCAUGCCUAAGGGAGGUGGAAUGAAGCACGCAGAGUCUAUGAUGUCCUUUCACAUUGACUUGGGACCCUCCAUGCUCGGGGAUAUCCUGAGCGUGAUGGAAAAGAAGGGCUGGGAGGAGGACGACCUCGGCUACGAAGAGGGCAAGGGCAGCGAGGGCCGUGCGUCACCCUCCCUCAUUCCCCACAUAGAUGAUGAUGAAGUGGAGGUGCAGGCCCCUGCAAGGCCACCUCGCAGCAUGUACCAGCAAAAGCCCAUGGUGGAUCCCUACACCCCGGAGCUACACACCAGGAACAACCACCAUGACCUGGAUAGCUGCUCUGUCUCCAGCUCCGGCUCAGUCACUGAGGAGAAACCUCGGUACCACGUCCACGACGGCGACACGGACAGUGCAAAGUACAGUUCACCACGUGGGGAGGAAGACAGAGAUUUCACCUUCAUGGAUGACGAUGACGAUGAUGAGAUUCGAUUGUAGACUAUACUGGCAAAAGCUAUCAACGCCAUGAACAGUCCUGAAGGACACUAAUGAAGAAGACCAAGCUGGAAAAGGCAGGUGAAGGAUUAGAGGCAGGGCCACAUCUGCUUUAAACUUCUUGUAGAUCAAUCUAAUCUCUGCACACUUUGUUCAACAUCAUAAAUUAAACCAAUUAAGCCUUAUUCAGUGUGCUGUAGCAAGGCGAUAUGAGCUGAGUGCAUGCCAGACUGUUUACAGACUGGCUCACAGACUGGGUUCAUUGAUCGUGCAGAAAUCUGCAACAUCAAACUCUGAGCUCAUUAGAUAUUGGGGAGUUUUCCAUUUUUUUAUAUAAGACUGGCUACAAAUCUGUAAGCCUAAGACACUCCUUUUAAAAAGUAAAGGUUGAGGGUUUGAGAACUGUAACCCAAGCUGUCACAUGAAUAUCACAUUUGGUGUGUGACAUGUGGAGGAUAUGCAAGCUCACAAACCAGAAUUUGAUGUGUACUAUGGAUUCUGAACAAGGAAGAGGGAAAGGACAAGAAGUGAAACUCAGAUAGAUUUGUAGCUGAACUUUGUGGGAGUGAUCAUGGACCUUACUUUGCCAAUGACAGUAUCUUGGCAUAGUCAUUAAAUAGAUAAGUAGUUAUUACUCUUGUUCACAUCAAGGGGUCAUUUAAGGGGUGAUUUCUGUUAUUUUCUACUUUAUUUUUGGAAGUUGGUCUACAGUAGCCCAUUUUAUUUGAGUUUGAUAGUUUAUCAUUUUGCCACUGUCUCUCUUUUGGCUCUUAAGUUCUUAAUUCUUUAAAUCCACAGAAAGCUGUGGUAUUUGUUAAUUAGUUUUCAUAAGGGAUGAAUUGUAGUUAAUGUACACUGCUAGGUCUUAAGUUUAGAGUUAUGUAAGUUUAGUUUUGGGAGCUUUCUGAUAGGUUGGAUUUCUUAAAAUAAAAACGUCUUAAUGGUACUACAAAGUGAGCCGGCUUCUCACCAUUUAAGUUGCUUGGCUGCAUGGCACUUAAUUAUUGGACUCACGCAGACUGCUAUUCCUGUCAUGGUAAGGCUGUAUUAGAAACAAUGACUUCAGUUUUACACGGAAAUCACCUGCUGCUAGUAGUGAAUUUGCACCAAAACAAGUGAAUUGUCAAAAAAAGAAGGCCUUUUGAAUGUGUUCUGUGUCCUGUACUUUUCAGACAACAGGACAGAAGUGGUGAUUGUGGCUAAAAGUGUGUAUUUCUAUUUUCUCAUUCUACAUCAUUACUGAGGUUGAUUAGUAGGUCAACAGAGAGGCAUAACACAGUUUUAAAGGGAGUUAAUUAAGUAGAAAAAUGGUUACAUCAAAAUUAAUAGUUAUAGCUCUAUCCAACACACAUGCCCUCCCUCUAGAAUGUGUUCCGUCUGGUCUCUAAGGGCAGAGAAAGGAUGUAAAAACAUGGACAAAGUGUUAUUAGAGCACAGCGACUUAAUAGAUGGGCGUCGGUGUGUCUCGGGGUAGUGACAGUGGCAGAUAUUGUCUGAACUGACCCCACAAGUGAUACUAUUCACCUCCUCUACACAACCCAAAUCACACAGUAGUAACGGAUGAUUAGAUCAACCCAUCAUCUGGCCUUUCCCUGUCUACUCAUUACAUGUGCUGGAUUAUUGGCCCCCAACCAGCUGGAACUGCUCCAGAAACAGCAGGAUAAGGAACAGACAGGUGUUUCUCUUUCUUGUGUUUUAGUUGUUUUUUUUACAAUGCAAGCUCACUCUGUAGGCUCCUCCAGGUUUGUUUCAGCUCUAAAGAAGGCAGAAAGAGCUGUACCCUUUAUUCCGGUAUGCAUGAUUAAUGUCUGACCUUUUUUAUUAUUAUUUUGUGUUAGAAAACUAAUUGCCAGGUUUGACAAAUGAGAGCUUCGAAUCUCCUGUUGUGGCGUUGAUGCAGGGGUGUCUACAUAGAAUCAGGAUGCUGUGCCAUUCUGCCUCGGGUUAUUGUAAUGUUUUUGGAAACAUGUCUACAUGAACAGGUUGCAAGAAGUUCUGAAAUUG